AUGGAAGAAUUUCACGAUCAAAUAAAUGAAUUACGCAUAAAUUCUCAACAGCUUGAAAAUAUUGAUAUAAGUCAUUUUGUCAAUGAAAUUGAACAAAUUGGUCAACAAUUGAAAUAUUCACAAGAAUUUCUUCUUAAAGAAAUUCAACGUUUAAAAAAAGAUUUAGAUAUAAAUUACGCUAAACUUAAUUAUGCUAAUGAACUUCGAGCAAUUGAUCAAGUAACAUUAACGACAUUUAAAACUAAAUUUCAAGACUUAACAGAAUUACUUUCUCAUGUUAAAAAUAAAGAAAUGAAUGCAUGGCAUAUCAUUCAGGUGAAUAUCAGAGUUGCAAUAAUGAUUUUUCAGGUGAUUGUUUAUCCUCAAAAAGUGUUUCGGUUUUCCAUCAUUCAAAUUUUGAUGAGAUAUGUAGAGAAAAUAUAUCUCCGAGUAGACACUUCAUAAUAAGCAUUUCAGCUCGAAACUUCGAAUGAAAAUUUCCAAUUCUUGAACGUUGAUCGAGCUCAUAACUUUUUCAUAUCGAGGCCAAAUUAUUUGUUAGCAACAUGACUUCGAAAAAUUAAAAUAUAUAUAGCUCAAGAUGAUGAGAUUUUGGGUGACGGACAUUUCGCACCAAGUCAUUCCGAACCCCGGACAUGUGUCCGAGUGUUCGGAAAUGACUUUUUGUCGUAACAAAUAUAUGACGGGAGUUCGUAAUCCUUUUUGAACAGGAGAUCGUAAUCGAAAACACAGGGAGAUCGGAAAGGCGUUACUGGGAAUUCGAAAUGGAAUGAUCAUUACUAUAUGCGGAGUAAUGUUUAAGAAUCGGGACGAAAAAGACGGGAUGUUCAUGACCCAAUUUACCAGAAGAUCGUAACUGAUUUAUUCUAAUAUUCGCAACGGUCAUAAAGACUUUUCUUUCUUUUUUUUUUUACAGAAUCAAGAAUGAUUGAUACAAUAGGUUCGUAAUGAUAUAAACAACAUCUACCUUUCUCUGUCUCUACAGAUAACGCUAUAAUAACUGUACAAGAUGUUUACGACUUUUGUGCUUUAACCUAUUCAUAAUGUUGAUAAUUGUUAUCACUAAUCUCUGUGGAAAUGAAGUACUAUAUAAUUAAAAGUCUCUACGUUCAAAAAUUAUUGACUAGACGAGUGAGG